AACGGUCAUUCCUCGGGCAGAGCUGAGGUCGGAUCACGGGGCGUGGGCUCACACGGAGCCCUGGCGGAAAGAUCUGUGAUUUAUAUCAGAUUCACAUUUAGAAUACACCAGGACACUUAAUAAAAAUGAAUCGCGGAUCGGGAAAGUCGAGUGAUGAGACGCUUAUAGAAAUGAACCGAACUGCUUGGUCCAGCGGCGAAGAAAACAACGGCUUCCAUACCAGUUCGGAUAAGGAGUCGUUUCAACUUGAAAAUGCUGCGGUGGAUAAGCAGAAGCAGAGUAAGGAUUCUGUGUACUUCAGAGAUGGCGUACGGAGGAUAGAUUUUGUUCUGUCUUACAUCGAUGACAAGGAUGGAGAAAAGAAACAGGAUCGAAGGAAGGAGUUUGAGGCUAACUUACAGAAAGCCGGACUUGACCUGGAGACUGAGGACAAAUCUGAGUCGGAAGAUGGAAAGACAUACUUCCUGAAGAUCCACGUACCAUGGGAAGUGCUGGCAACAUAUGCAGAUGUUCUGAAAAUCAAAGUGCCUUUUAAAGCCAAUGAUAUUCCAGCUAAAAAAGAGGUGCCCAUGGGCUGGCUCUUCACGCCCUACCGUCUGCCUGAUCAUGUGAUGAACCCUGAGCCGGAUUACUUCACCUACACGUUUGACAAGAGCAAGAUUGACUUCUUCCUCAUCGAAGAUAAAGAAACCUUCUUUCCUCCGUCCACGAGGAACAGGAUUGUAUAUUACAUCCUUUCCCGAAUUCCAUACAGUAAAGAUGACAAGGACAAGAAGGGCAUUAAGAGGCUUCUGAACAACGGGACCUACACAUCUGGCUUCCCUCUGCAUGACUCUAGGUACUGGACCAAGUCUCGUGAUUCUAACUGUGAGAGCGAGCGCUAUUCCCUGUAUAAACACUGGGCCCGUUUCAGCCGCUUUUACAAGGAGCAGCCGCUCAACCUCAUACGGAAGUACUAUGGAGAGAAGAUCGGCAUCUACUUCGCUUGGCUGGGUUUCUACACAGAGAUGCUGUCUUAUGCCGCAGUUGUUGGUCUGCUCUGUUUCAUCUAUGGCGUGGCCACCUUUGACAACAACGUCUGGAGUAAAGAGAUCUGCAACGAGACCAUUGGUGGGCAGAUUGUCAUGUGUCCUCUCUGUGAUAAGAAAUGCGGCUACUGGAAGCUCAGCACAACCUGCAGCUCUUCGUGGCAAUCGUAUCUGUUUGACAACACAGCCACGGUGUUCUUUGCAAUAUUCAUGGGAAUAUGGGUGACUCUGUUCCUGGAGUUCUGGAAGCGGCGUCAGGCCCGACUGGAGUACGAGUGGGAUCUGGUUGACUUUGAGGAAGAGCAACAACAGCUGCAGCUUAGACCCGAAUACGAGAUCAAGUGCACCAGCCGACGGCUCAACACUGUUACACAAGAGAUGGAGCCCUAUUUACCUCUAACAAGCAAGUGUGCUCGCUCAAUGCUGUCUGGGGCCACCGUCCUCUUCUGGAUCUCUCUGAUUAUCGCCAGUAUAAUCGGUGUGAUAGCGUACCGUCUGGCAGUGUUUGCGGCGUUUGCCAGCAUCAUGAAGGACAGCCCAACCAAUAAGCUGGAUGUGGUUGGAAGCCUCAUCACACCCCAGUUUGCCACGUCCGUAACUGCUUCCUGCAUCAACUUCGUCAUCAUCAUGAUCCUGAACUUCCUGUAUGAGCGCGUAGCCAUCAAGAUCACUGAUAUGGAGGUUCCCAAAACCCAUGUGGAGUACGAGAACAAGCUAACAGUGAAGAUGUUCCUCUUCCAGUUUGUCAACUACUAUUCCUCAUGUUUUUACGUCGCCUUUUUCAAGGGCAAAUUUGUGGGUUACCCUGGCAACUAUGCCUACAUGUUCGGCAAAUGGAGUGGGUUGAGAAAUGAAGAGUGCGAGCCAGGCGGCUGUUUGAUUGAGUUAACCACUCAGUUAGUGAUAGUGAUGGUGGGUAAACAGGUUUGGGGGAACAUACAGGAAGCGCUCGUCCCUUGGUUGCGUAACUGGUGGGUGAGCAGAAGUGCUCGUAAUCAUCCAGAGAGCCUGUACAGCCGCUGGGAGCAGGAUCAUGACCUCCAGACCUUCAGUCAGCUCGGCCUGUUCUACGAGUACCUGGAGAUGGUUAUCCAGUUUGGCUUCAUCACCCUGUUUGUGGCCUCUUUCCCGCUGGCUCCUCUGCUGGCUCUGAUGAAUAAUAUCUUGGAAGUGCGAGUGGAUGCCUGGAAGUUCACUACUCAGUUUCGCAGGCCCGUGGCAGCAAAAGCACACAGCAUUGGGGCAUGGGAGGAGAUCCUCAACAUGAUCGCUGUUUUCUCAGUGGUCACCAAUGCUUUCAUUGUCUCAUUCACGUCUGACAUGAUCCCUCGGCUGGUGUAUCUGUAUGCGUAUCACCCGGGCACUGAGAUCACUAUGGAAGGAUACAUCAACAACAGCCUUUCAGUCUUCAACAUCUCCGGGAUUCCCAUUGAAAACCGCCCAGAGGACGGCGAGAACCCAGAUUGGUACGACAGCACCAACAUCACCACCUGCAGGUACCGUGACUACCGCUACCCUUCAGGACACGAGAGACAGUACAGUCAUACUAUGCAGUUCUGGCAUAUUCUAGCUGCCAAAUUAGCGUUUAUCAUCAUUAUGGAGCAUGUGGUGUUUGUGGUGAAGUUCUUUGUGGCGUGGUUGAUCCCCGACGUGCCGUCAGACGUGAAGGCUCGUGUAAAGCGUGAGCGCUACCUCAUCCAGGAGUACCUGCACGACUAUGAGCUGGAAAAGCUCAAAAUCCAGCUUAGCCGGAACGGCCAGAGCAUUGACCAGUGCACGUGUCCGACCACAGCCUCCACGCCUCUGAAAGUCGAGAUGUUAUCAGACUGUCUGACCUAACACUGGCCGAUCUGACU